AUGGAAACAGAGAACCACACACUGAUAGCGGAAUUUCUCAUCCUGGGUCUCUCAGAUGAUACUGAACUGCAACCUGUUCUCUUUGGACUGUUCUUGUCCAUGUACCUUGUCACGGUGCUCGGGAACCUGCUUAUCAUCCUGGCUGUCAGUUCUGACUCCCACCGCCACAACCCAAUGUACUUCUUCCUCUCCAAUCUGUCCCUUAUUGACGUCUGCUUCGUCUCAACCACAAUACCAAAGAUGCUAGUGAGCAUGCAAUCACAGAGAAAAGACAUCUCCUACAUAGAAUGCCUUACCCAGGUAUAUUUUUUUAAUACUUUCGCUGGAAUGGAUAACUUUUUACUUGCUUUAAUGGCCUAUGAUCGCUUUGUAGCAAUCUGUCACCCGCUCAAGUACACUGUUAUUAUGAACCGUCGGGUGUGUAUCCUUCUGGUUCUGAUGUUUUGGAUCAUCAUGUUCUGGGUCUCCAUAAUUCAUGUUCUGUUAAUGAAGGAACUGAACUUCUCUAGAGGCACUGAAAUCCCACAUUUCUUCUGUGAACUGGCUCAAGUUCUCAAGGUAUCCAACUCUGACACCCACAUCAAUACCAUCUUUCUGUAUGUGGUGACUUCCCUACUAGGUGUGAUUCCUAUGACAGGAAUUCUUAUGUCUUAUUCACAGAUUGUCUCAUCCUUACUAAGAAUGUCCUCUACUGUGAGUAAGAACAAGGCCUUUUCCACCUGUGGGUCUCAUCUCUGUGUGGUCGCCUUGUUCUAUGGGUCUGGAUUUGGAGUUUAUUUCAGCUCUUCCAUGUUCCAUUCUUCCCAGGGAAGAAUGAUCGCCUCAUUGAUGUACGCUGUGAUCAGCCCCAUGCUGAACCCCUUCAUCUACAGCCUGAGAAACAAGGAUGUGAAGGGGGCCCUUGGAGAACUUUUAGACAGAGUUUCUUCUUGUACUUCAUGGAUAAUUGACAUGAGAACUAAAUUCAUACUGAGUACUGUAAGGCAAGUUUUGUGA